CAGAGAGAAUAUGUUUUUGUCGACUGCACGUGAAUUAAAGAAGAAACUAGUGGGAAACAAAUCCUCGGAAGUCCAAACGGUAGAACGAAAAAAAAAACAUGAGUGUUCAGAUUACACUGAAAAGACUUGGUAUAGAACUUCAUUAAUUCACCAAAAAAAAAAAAAAAGACUUGGUAUAGAACAAGGUGCAAGCAUGCGUAUCCAGCACCAAGUGAUUAAUGUUGCGGCUGAAUCGUUAUUCUCCACGUAGCCUUUUCUUCUCGAAAGUGUAAAAAACGGUCAAUGACAAUCUCUCUAUAUUUCUCCUUCUUCUACUCAACGCUGUAUUUCACUUUCAUCUUCGUCUCUUAGUCCUUUGCAUUGUAGUGCAAGUGCUCACUUGGUGAUGAAUGAUGAUGGCGGUUUUUCAAGAUGAAGUAGCGAAAUUGAUCAGCUCUGAUCUCACCGACCUUGUUGCAGCUGCUUAUAAACUUGCUAAACAUGUCAUGAUCCUUGGUGUCUCACCUUUUGGAGUUUCACUCAUGGCUUCCAUUGCUGCUAUUUAUUUGUUGAUUUUGAAUCACACUUACUUGAAAUGGAUGAGGGAGAUUCGUACAUCACUACUCAUUCCAUACAUUUUCUUCAGCUUGCCUUCAUGUAUUUUCGGCAUUUUCAGGGCAGAGUUUGGGAAAUGGAUUGCUCUCAUUGCUGUAGUAUUGCGGCUUUUCUUUCCAAAGAAUUUCCCUGAUUGGUUGGAAUUGCCUUCGGCUUUGAUCCUUCUAAUUGUUGUAGCUCCUGAUCAAUUUGCAAACACCUAUAGAAGCAAUGCCGUUGGGGUGGCAAUAUGCCUUGUCAUUGUAUGGUAUGUUACGAAAAAAUACAUUCAAGCUUGGAGUGAGUUACAGGCAUUCUACAAUCGUAAAGAGACCUUCAACAAAUCAAUUGUAGUUGCACCUCCGUAUUCAAUGGCUUCCUUCGCUCCUUAUAGAGUUAUAGUUAUAGUGAUGGUGAGCAGAGGGCAAGGAGGGGCGGCAGCGAGGGGCUCGCAAGGUGAAUUGACAACAUUCUUCUCCUAUUUCCUAGAGACUCAUGGUGAGGAGGAAAUGUGGCAGUUUUUCCAUAGAUGGGGGAAGGUCUGGGAGAUUUACAUACCCAAAAGAAGGAACAUAUCAGGGCAGAGAUUUGGGUUUGGGAAUGUUUACGGUGAUAUUUGGUAA